AUAUCGUAAACCAAACAACCCGCCAUCUGUUGAAAACACCGACACCAACUCGUAAAUAAUAAAUUUCAAGAAAAAAUGAUCCAUAGUGGCAGUCAGCAGACGAGAGACUAAAUCGAGUCACAACUUGAAGGAGAGAAGAUUGGGAAGUAAUCUGAGUCAAUUUAAAAAAGAGAGGCGUUAUUUGUGCGACAAUCUUUUCUUAACCAGCAGUUGUGGAAACCUAAGAAUACAUUUAUGUCCUACGAACAGGAAGAGGAGGAUCAUUAUGGUCCGGGCUAUGAAGUAGGCUCAUACACCAAGGAUUACAAUGAUGGACCAUACGACGGAGAAAAUGAUUUGAAUUUGAAUUCUAAUCCAGAAGGAAAGCCCAGAAUCCUUCUAAUGGGUCUUAGACGUUCUGGAAAAUCAUCAAUACAGAAGGUGGUUUUCCACAAGAUGUCACCAAAUGAAACACUCUUCUUAGAAAGCACAAAUAAAAUAGUCAAAGACGAGAUCUCCAAUUCAUCAUUUGUGCAAUUUCAAAUAUGGGACUUUCCAGGACAAGUGGACUUUUUCGACCCAAAUUUUGAUUGUGAAAUGAUAUUUGGUGGAUGUGGUGCCCUUGUUUUUGUAAUUGAUGCACAGGAUGAUUAUAUUGACGCUUUAAUGAAGUUAAACCUCACCGUGACACGAGCGUACAAAGUCAACCCCAAUAUUCGCUUUGAAGUCUUCAUUCACAAGGUUGAUGGUCUUUCGGAUGACCACAAAAUUGAGGCACAACGUGAUAUUCACCAAAGAGCUAACGACGAACUGAUGGAGGAAGGCUUUGAUUCAGUCAAUUUGAGCUUCUACUUGACUUCGAUAUAUGACCACAGUAUUUUUGAAGCAUUCAGCAAGGUUGUUCAAAAGCUAAUCCCACAGUUACCUACUUUGGAGAACUUGCUCAACAUAUUUGUUUCGAAUUCUGGGAUUGAAAAAGCUUUCCUCUUUGACGUUGUCUCCAAGAUUUAUAUCGCUACCGAUUCUUCUCCAGUAGAUAUGCAAAGCUACGAAUUAUGUUGCGACAUGAUAGACGUUGUAGUCGAUAUCUCUUGCAUUUACGGAACUAAAGAAGCUGAUGGCGCCGCUUUUGAUCAUCAAAGUCUCAGUCUUAUUAAACUAAAUAAUUCAACAAUCCUUUACUUACGAGAAGUAAACCGUUUUUUGGCUUUAGUCUGCAUUUUAAGAGAAGAUCAUUUUGCUCGGCAAGGAUUGAUUGACUACAACUUCGUCUGUUUCCGAAACGCCAUUCAAGAAGUAUUUGAAGUCCGUAUGCAACUACAGCAGGCAAGCAACAACACAAAUCCAAGCGUAGGUGAUUUACUCCAGCCCCUCAACAGUGUCGCAUUGAAGGAAUGAAUUCCCACUUCUAUUUUCUCUCUUUAUCACUCAUAUUUUGUAUCAAUUAAAUCUAUGCUUUUUUAUGAGCGAAAUGCUUUGCUUUACGAAAAUAAUUAAAUAAAUAGUGCCUUGUUGUCAAUA